UCAAGCACCAUUGAGACAAAUUCAAAGCUAGAUCGACGUCAUUUUUAUUUUGAUCAGUUGCAACCUUUGAUGAUGAUUAACUUGAUCCUGGCUAGACAACCUUAUAGCAGGAAUGCAACAGGCGAAUUUGAGCUUCACUUCUUUUCAUGGCGAAUGACCUACUGUGUCCUGUUCUACUGCAUUGAACUGGUGAUGACCGUUCUGACAGGAUAUGAGGUGGUCGUCAAAAUGAACAAAAUGGAGGCCAGUGUGUUUGCAACUGACGUCACAACACACAGCUAUGACGUCACAAUAUUCACUACGCUACUGCUCAUCUUUCUUUUUGCACAGCUGGUCAUUCCUCUGUUGAACUGGAUGGUUGCAAAGCGGUAUAUAGCGUUCUUGAACCGAUGGAAACACUUUGAGGUAGGUUCAAAUUUUUCAUUUAUUCAAGUAGUUGCUUGAAUAAAGCAACUUCCG